AUGAGCAGCAGUUCGUUCAGCCCAGCAGAUAAUGACAAUGAUGAUGGUGGCGAAUACAAAAAUGAAAGAAGUAAAAAAGGCCACAGAAAUGACAAAGUAGAACACGAAAAAGGGUUAAAAAAUAGAUCACGCAGGAAUAGCACUGGCGAGGCAGGAAAACGAAACGGCGGGAGCGACCCUUCCAGUUCCUCAAAUUUUAAAAAUCAACAUAGUGAUAAACAUAAACGUAUGAAAAAAUCAGAGACAAAAAAUAAUUCCGAAAAUAGGAAAAGCUCUAAAGAAAAAAAAAUGAAACAUGAAACCAGUAGCAGAAGCUCGUCAUACGAUAAAGAUUCUAACAAAAAAAGAAAGAAAGACAAAGAAACACUGCAUAAGUUAAGAAAUGACAAAAAUGAAGACGCCCUGCCGAGGAACAAAGGAAGAAGAAUCCCUCCCCCCCCACGUAGGAAGAAGCAUUGCAGUGAUAGUGACCAAUGCGAGGGGAAAAAUUCCCCCAGGCGAAGAAGGACCAGACAUCGUAAUAGUAAAGGGAGGAAAUCCAUUUCCCGUUCUUCUUGCCUUGAUGAGAAGAGGGCGGCCAAGUCUCAUUUGAGGAGGGGAAGCCGCAUCAGUCGGGGAAGUAGUUACGGUGACACGUCAUCCGACAAAAGCGACCAGAGUGAUACGUCAUCCGAUGAACGCGACACGAGUGGUACAUCCCCCGAUGAAGGCUACACGAGCAGUAGCCCCUCCGAUGAAAGUAGUGUAAGCAGUGGUUCGUCAAAAAAAAAGGGGAUCGAGACGGAGGAGGUAGAGGAGACGAAGCCACCAAAGGAAGAUGCACCAAGUGCCGUAAACGGAAAGGAACAAUUCGAUGCGCACAUUUAUGACAGCAAGGAAAUGAUAAGGUUAACCAUCAGCAUUCUCCAGAACUACAACUUUUUAAACAAUUUAAAAAUAUUAUAUCAAAAGUUAGACAAAAAAAAAAAAAUUUCACUUGAGGGUAUGAAAGAUUUAAAAUUAAAAAAAAAAUUAAGGCAUUUAUUUAGAUCAUGGAAAUUAGAAAAGGAGGGAGAAUUCUACAGAAAGCCAUUUAAUUUUAAAGAAAGUAUAUUUGGCAUUUUUAACAGCUUAAUGUAUUACUUUUUGUCCAGACUGGAUAUAAAUAAACUGAGGCGCAACAUUAACAAACGAAAAGCUCGCUCGUUGAAGAGGGACGAUCCAAAGCAACAUGAUGACCAAGUUGGAGGAGUCAAUAGUUCACGUGAUGAUUAUGAUAUUGAUAACAUCAAUUACUAUGAUAGUAAUUUUAUCGUCAAUUUUCAAGAGGAAGACUACCCCCAUGUGAUGCAAAACACUAAGGAACAAAUGAAAAGUUUGAGAGAGUUACAUGAAGAAGGGUUCUUUACAAAUACAAAGGAACAAUAUAAAGAAUUUUUAGAAAAACAUAAAAAAAUUGAUUUAUGGGGAAAAAAUGAGCAGGAACAAAAGUUUCUGUUGAACUCGAAAAAUUCAGUUAACGAGAGGAGAGUCUUUGAUAGGGGAACUGAUUUGGCCAUAAACAGAUUUGUAAAAAAGGAGGAUUAUAGGAAAUUGAUUAAGCGUACAAAGCAGCACGUCGAUGACAAGUUUCACAAGACGGGCGAUCGGGUUUAG